AUUGGUCGGCUUGUGGGAGGAGUUCCGCCCUUCUGUCAUCGUUAUUUAAAGCUGUGAAGUGCCAACGCGGACGCAGCGAGCAGCGGAUCUCACGCACGUAGCGGAAUCACGCACGGAGGAUCAACCCAAGUCACGCACAAGUUAGUCUCAGGACAUCAGAGUCUCCCGUCACGAUGCGGCUGCACUCGCUAGCAUCCGUCUGCGUCCUCCUGGCCGCCGCCGCCUUCGCCGUCCCUCCUCAGGAGAAGCGCGUCCAUCACGCCGCUGACCUGAGCGACCACGCCCACGACGACGCCCACGGCUUCCAGUACGACCACGAGGCCUUCCUGGGCAAAGAGGAGGCCAAGACCUUCGACCAGCUGACCCCCGAGGAGAGCAAGGCCAGAUUAGCGAAGAUCGUGGACCUCAUCGACACCAACAAGGACGGCUUCAUCACCCACGAGGAGCUGCUCUACUGGAUCAAACACCGGCAGAGGAGGUACAUCGAGGAGAACGUCAACAAGCACUGGAAGGACUACGACAAGAACGGAGACAACAAGAUCGCCUGGGAGGAGUACAAGAACACCACCUACGGAUACUACCUGGGCGAGGAGUUUGAGGACGUGGACGAGAAGGCCACGUACAAGACCAUGCUCGCCCGCGACCAGCGGCGCUUCAAGUCGGCCGACCGGGAUGGAGAUGGGAUCGCCACGCACGAGGAGUUCAAGGCCUUCCUCCACCCGGAGGAGUUCGACUACAUGAGAGACGUGGUCAUCCAGGAAACGAUGGAGGACAUCGAUAAGGACGGAGACGGGAAGGUCAACCUGGUGGAGUACAUCGGUGACAUGUACUCUCCGGAGCCCGAGGAGGACGAGCCCGAGUGGGUCCAGACCGAGAGGAAGCAUUUCUCCGAAGUCAGGGACACCAACAAGGACGGAUACCUGGAUGCAAGUGAGGUGGCUGACUGGGUUCUCCCGGGAGAGGUCGACCACGCCGACAACGAAGCCAAACACCUGAUUCACGAAACAGACACGAACAAGGACGGGAAAAUCACCAAGAAGGAGAUUCUGGGCAACUGGAACAUGUUUGUGGGCAGUCAGGCCACCAAUUACGGCGAAGACUUAACGAGGAGACACGACGAGCUCUGACGAGCCCUGGGUUCCGUUUCGCUCCGUGGAGGAUCUGGUUACAGUGGGGGGAGGGGUUACAGGAAGGGUUUGGUUUUGGGGGUUUAGUUGGGAUCACAUGCACAUGCACACAGCUACACACACCUCACAAUGCAGCCACAUACCGUGUAUGUGCGUCCAUGUGACAGCGGUGAGCGUUCACGUCCUCUCCAGUCUGAAGAGCCUGAAGCGAUCAUGUCCAACAUGCACUGACACCCAGUUGGAACAUUGAUGUUUUCUGACACACACUCAUCCUCAUGUAAUGAAACCUUGUCUGCUUGUCUGAAGGUGUUUGAAAUGAACAAGAGGAGUUUUGUUACUGACUUUUUGGGAUUUCACAAUAAAAGAAAAAAAUCUUUUUUUCUA